UUAUUGAUUUUUCCGUGACCAAUAUAGUAAAUAUUCUCCGUAUAUUGUAGGUGCGCGUAUACGUAAACUGCAAUAACAUCGCAAAUAAUAUUAUCCGUAUCGCCUCUUUCAACCUCUAUCGACUCAAAAGACCAUUUUGCUGUGCUCUCGACGUCGAGUUUAUCGCAGUUAAACCGAUAUUCGGUUUGGUUUUCCGUCAUCAUACACCAGCAGGGCUCCUAGGUACCUACCCGGACUUACCACUUAUCAGGUCAACUCGAAAUAAAUUAAUGUUAUUAUAAUAACAUCGUUUAGCUCUGCGGUAUUUAUAUAUAUAUACCAUAUAUGUUGGUACACAUAAAAUAAUGGUUAAUAAUACGGAGAGCUGGUUGGGCGAGUGUAAUAAUUGUACAGUGGACUAGUGGAGGACAAAAUUUAGAUUUAACGGACUUUGGGUACCUCGCCGAGCUCAGCAUGAUGGAGACAGUGGAUGUGGCAUCCGAGUCUUCCGAGGCCGCAGCUCACCGGCCACCCACCGUCAAUUUGGACUUCAACGAAGCAAUGGCCGACUUCAAGACGAUGUUCCCGACACUCGAAGACGAAGUGAUCGAGGCCGUGUUGCGGUGCAACAAGGGCAGCGUGGAUCGGACUGUCGACCAACUGUUGACCAUGAGCUGCGAGUGUCGGGGGACCGACCUGCUCAACGAGUCGGGCGACAACGAUGUCGGAGCUCUGCCCACGCAACCAGCAUUUUUCGACCCGAUGUUGCCCGACGUACUGCACAACCUCGGCAAGAAAACUGCUCGAAAUAUCGGUGGCUCUUCAUUAAGCCGAUGGAAUCCACCGAUGCUCGGGCCCUUGCCCACCGACUUCCUCAGGAUCACGACCACCGGCAGUUGUACAUCACAAGUAAACGUAUAUUUCUUUACCACCAGCUCCUGUAUGGGCCGUAAGUCAGUUACACUGAUGUCUGACACCCGCUGUGUACUUAGGAUUUUGUCUUGUUGGGAAGGGGUUUCGGAGAGCGAACUCAACGACGAGCAAAUAGCGAUUCUGUUGCAAAACGAAGAAUUCCUAGUGCAACUUCGUAAAAACGAACAAUUUCUCUGCACUUUGGAUAAAGGCAUCCCAAUGGAAGAACAAAGGUUCUUCAUCCCAAAUCAUACACCGGGUGACGACGACGCUGCAUUUAAAGAAAGGCUGAAAAAUAUGGGAAAAGCUUCCAGAAAGAAAUUUAUUCAAAUUGCACGAGUAUUCACAGGAAAAAAGAAGAAGAGCACAGCACGCAAUAUACUGAAUCAAGGAAACACUCACACAAAAGACAAUUUGUUUCUACAUGAAGAAGAACACUGAAACAAAUAUUUGACUUAUUGUUAUUGUUUAGAAAAUAACUUGAUCUUUUUGUAUUCAAUUCUGUUAUUGUUAUUAUCAUUUAGAAUAAUUUAAUUUUAAUAGAAAGUGUUAAAUAAUAUAGGUUAGAAAUUAGUAAAACAAUAAAUAAUAAUUUAUUUAAAA